AUGAAUAAAUAAGAAAGAGAAAAUGUUAAGUAACGUAUCGAAGAAAGAAUAUUUUAGAUCAAAUUAAAAAACACAUAACAUGUACUGUCAUUUAGAUGAUUAAUAAAUAGGAAGUAGUUAUUGGAAAGAAUGCCAAUUUUACAAAAAUAAUUGAAUAAGAAUAUGCAACGAAAUAUUUGGAGAGCUUAGGAAUUGAAGCUAAUUAAAAAAAUAUUCAGAUGAUAUUAAAGAAUUAUCCAUUAAAUAGAUGUGAAAUAACAGGUGGAUGGAAUAGUAAAAUUAUUAUAUAAUAUUAUAGCAUCUGGAUUAUAUGCUGAUACUAUUAAUAUUGUAGUUAGGUAGAAGAAAAAGAACAUAGAAGUGGCUUUAGGGUAAAAAGAUAAGGAUGUGUUGGAUGAGGUGCAGAAGGAACAGGAUCUCAAGAAAAUCACGAUUAAAAAGGGCGAAUAGGAAUAAGAUCCAUAACUAACUUAAUAAUAAAUAGCAUUAUAACAGAAAAAUGAAGUGGAAUAAUAAAAGGAACUAUUGGAAAAGGAGGAAGAGAAGAAAAUUAAAUUUAAAUUGGAUUUCUCUUUAGAGGAGAUCAAACAUAAAUACCUAUUUCCUUUUAAUUAGACAUUUUAAAGGAAACAAAAUUAAAAUAUGGUUAAUUAAGAUAGACUAGAGUUUCAAUAAAAUGAUGAAACACAUUCAGAACAUGAUAAAUUCUUGGUUUUUGAAAGCAAAAUCUUCUAAUUGCCUUUCAUUCAUAUAGAGAUUCCAGCUCCUUUAUUAAAGGAUGUAUAGAGGCCUCCAAACAUUAAACCAGAAGAUAUUGAAAAGGUGUUAAAACAAAUAGAUAAAUUGUUUCCUAAAAGUAUUUUUCCAAUAAAGGCCAGUGCAAAAAGCUAAGAGAAAUAAUAAUAAUAACAACAAUAAUCAAAUAAAGAAAAAUUAAAUGAUGAUAUGGAAACAAGAUACAUUGUAUUUGAGAAACAUUAGGUUGAGAAUGUAUUUUAAUUAAUUCAGAAAGGUGAGAUGGUAAAAUUAAUUGGAUUGUUCAUUCAUUUAUCAUAUUGGCUAGUAUUUGGUGUAACAUUGCCAAUCUAAAUAUAAACAUUAACCAAGAAAUAAAUGUAUAUAUAGAUGAUGGAAAUAAUUGAAUCAUUUUAAUCAUUUUAUGCUCCUAAAUUAUGGAUGCAUUUAGUAAUGCCUAUGAUUUUAGUUUCUUUGAAGAUGUCAACUGAAUACUUAUACAAAAAUCAUUACAUAAUAUUUUUUGAGAAACCUAGAACAGAAAUAAAUACACCAGGUAAUAUUGCUAUGGAUAAAAUCUUUCAUUUUGCUGAUAGACUAUUUGAUUAGAAUAAUUUAUUUUGCCGAUUUAUAUUUUUAGAGAGUAGUAAAUAAAAAAAGAUAGGUAAUGAUGCUAAAUUUAUGCAUAAAAGAAUAUUCGGUGUUUCACCAUAUUUAGACAUCAUGAUUUAGAAUCCAUAAAACAGUCGAACUAGAGCCAUCAUAGCUAAAUAAAGGGAUAUAGAUAGUAUUUCUAUUUUUUUAACUUUUUAGUAAGAGAUAAAAUAUUAACAAUAGGUGAGAAGAAACUAGCUUAAACAAUGCCACCUAUUUUGAGAUAGUAGAGUACGAAGGAAGAGAAGGAUAAAAUAGAAAUGGCUCAAAAAGCCAAAAUGUUUAGUGUUGUUUUAAGUAGAAUGCAGUAGGAUUUUGAGAAGGUGUUGAAGGAAAAGGAAGUCUUAAAACUAAAAUAGAUUCAAUGUUGA